UUAUUUUUUUUUGGUAAAAACGCAUUUAACAAAUUUUCGGUUGGUAAUAAAUUAAACCAAGUGCAAACAAAAAUCUGCAGCGUGAAGCAAAAUCUUUUGUAAAUGUUAAUAACGGCCAAGAGCAAAGCGACAACAAAGACGAGAAAAGGCCAAGAGUUGGCCGAGUCAAUGGGCAAACAGCAAGCGGUGGAGGAGGACGAACUGGUAGCAACAAGUGGCAAACCGCCACCGCCCAGCGAUGCAACAAGCAACGACAGCAACUGUGCGGUGGAAGAUGAUGAUGAAGACGAAGAGGACGAGGACGAUGCAAUGACGCAAAGCGAUAACGAAGCAGAGCGCAAGGGCAGCGAUGAAAUUGGCGAAAAGCUAAAGCUAGAGUUGUGUAAAUACAAACAGGAGCUAAAGGAUUACAAUGAAACGACCAAAGAGCUGGAAGAGAAAUAUAUGAAAAUCAACUAUGAGCUGAAUGCAAUGCAGGAUCAAUUUACAGGUGCGCAAGCAGAGGAAGAAGUAGAGCAAAUAGAUCGAAGCUAUUGUGUAUCAGCAACGAGCAUUGGUUCGUCGCUUACACUACAGGAACAAUAUCGCAGCAAUACAAGUUUUAUGACUGUGCUGGCAGCACAAAGUUCGGUGGAGCAGUUAGCCAAACCGAGGGUGCAAAGGGGUAACAAAAACACCAGACGCAAGGUGUCCGCGGAAGAACUGAUGGAUACGCUGGCCAAGCGACACGCCAGACGUCACUUGAACACAACAGAGGAUCAAGAGAAUUCGCCUGCAAUGCUUAAGGAUAUGUUUAAUGUGUUGAAGGAUGUAAUGAAUACGCAACCACAGCAUAAAAUGGAGCGUGAGCAGAACGACUACAAGCAGCUGUAUUCCACUAUAAAGAGUCUAAAAAGCGAACAGCUGCAGUUUAAAACGCUUAUUAGACAACAACAGGAGCGACUAAGCGAUUAUCAUACGCGCUGUGUUAAAGCGCAGGAGAUAAUGAAGACGCAAAAGCAUGAGCUGGACAAGCUGCAGGUGAACAACAAGCAGCUGGAGUCGAGCAUCUUUCACGACUUUGAUACGCUGCGCAGCAAAAUCGAUGCAAAGCUCAAACAUGUUAGUCAGCUGCCUGGCAAAAUGCGCGAGGAGCACAGCAAAUAUGAAAAGGUAAUGCGUGAGAAUUGUUUGCUGGCCGAUAAGCUGCAGCAGCUGCAGCAGGAGGCAGCGCAGCUGCGCGCCAAGAUCGAUGAGCUGGGCAAGCGCAAGUUGGUCACUGUCAAUCGUCUAAAAGCUGCCGAGCGUGAUUUGAAAAUCUUUAAAAACUAUAAUGCUGCAUUAAAAUCGGAAAAGCGUCGCAUUGCGGAUGAACUUACCAGCACUAAGCAGCAGCUGGAAACGCUGCAGUUGGCCAGCAAGCGUCAGUUGGUGCGUCAUCGUGAGCAGACGGAGAAGCAGCGUCGUGAGCUGCAGAAGCGCAUCUUCGAUUUGGAGCUCAAGUUAAGUCGCAGUCAAAAUUCCACCACAAGUUUAAUACAAGAGCGCGAUAGUCUCAUAGCCGAGUUGCAAACCCAACUGCAUACGCUGGUGCACAACUUUGAGGUAUCCCAGAAGCACAUACGCGUCCUACGACGACACAUCUAUUCCAUGACCACAGGUGCGCAUGCCAGCUGCUCCUCUUCUGCUGGCGCUGGAAUUCCUUCGGGCAGCGGCGCUGGCAUUUCCUCCGCCACUACGCGUGAUCCUAUAACGCGCGUUAGUCAACACUCCCAGAGCUGCAAUGUAACGGGAACGGGAGUUCGUAUUAGUAGCUCACGCUCGCUGAAGCACAGAUCCUAGCUCUGCUCAGCUCCAGCGCUUGCUGUGCAGCGCUCUAGGCAACUUGAUUAUAAUGCUCAGUGCUAAAGAAAUUUCUUAGUUUUGGCUUUAUGAUCAAGUUGCUGGAGCGCUACACAACACUGGUUGCAAAAUAACGGUGUUCAUGUUUCAGUAUUUUCAGAUUGUUUUAAGUCUUAAUAAAGUUUUGUACAAACGUUUAAA